AUUUAUGUUUUAUAAUGUCAUAAAUAUGAUUGAAGAAGGAUAUCGCUAAUGAUUUUACCUUAUUUUAUUCAUAAUUUAUUCCAUAAUUGAAGAUGGUUCGUAUACGGUUUAUACAUUAUAUUAUUAUCGCGAUGUUCUUCGACCUUUCAAAAUCUGAAAUGAUUAUUCGAGACAUCCAUUGUUUCAAAAAAUUCAGAGAUUAUGAUUGUACGGAAGGAUGCAGAGGAUUUUGUCCAAAUAACUGCUUACACAAAAGUGGAGAAGUAUAUGGAACUGUUUUCUAUCACAAAAAUUCUUACAUCUGCAAAUCAGCAAUACACGAUCUUCGCAUUUCAACGUGGAAUUAUUCUUCUGCUCAACAAAUCAGAUUCAAAGAAGUAAACGGAAAUAGAGUAGAAUUUAAACCAACAUUCAGACAAAGGAUUCAAAGCAAAAUAAAUCCACCUUCCACCAAAUAUUUCGUUUUUACUAAUCCCCGAAUAUCAGAAAAAGUACAUGAUGUCAUAAGUCUUCAUCAUAAUUAUCUGAAUAAUGGAAACGAAGAACACGAACAAGAGUGCCGAAUUUUAGCCACUGAUAAUCAAUCGAUAUAUUUUACCAAUGGGAAUAACAGGAAAGCAACAUUUUUAGGCACAGAAUUAAGUAAAAAUCCAUCAUAUAAAAAAUAUUCCAACAUCUGGAACAACGUAAAUACAAGGACUGGAUUCUGGUGUCGAACACAAUUUAGUUCAUUCUCUGAUAUCUUCUCUAUAGCAAUAAAUAAAAAUGUUAAUUUUAUUAGCAAGAGAUUUACAGUUACAGUAAGUAAAGGAGAUUAUGUCGAUGUUUCUCAAUUGUUAAAUUUAAAAAGUAUUGACAUUGGCGACAAACUGAAAAUAAAUGGAGUGAAAGUUGCAGGAAACUAUUACAAGGCGGCCAUACCAAUUAGUAUUUCCGAUGCAGGAUUGUUUAGUUUAAUUGAGAAUAAUCAAACUUUAGCGGCUACCAGAUUAAUAGUGAGAGUAUGCGAAAUUGGAAAAUAUGGUCCUCUAUGUGAAUAUAAUUGCUCGAAUUGUUUUAAUGGCGGAGUGUGCCACGACAUUACCGGUGAAUGCAUCUGUCCUCCGGGAUUUAACGGAACAUAUUGCGAAAAUGCCUGUCCAGCACAUUAUUUUGGAAAACAUUGUAACCAGCAAUGUUACGAUAAAUUUGGAAAUGUGAUAGACUGUUCUGAAAUCCUUUUUUGUCUGCCCGACCCAUAUGGAUGUUCCUGUUUAAGUGGAUACCUUCUCCCAUUUUGCAAUGAAAUCUGUGAGAAUGGACGGUAUGGAGUGAAUUGCCUACAAAAUUGUCCUCAGAACUGUUAUACAACUUGCAACCCUUUUAAUGGAACAUGUAUUGGUGGAUGUAAACAAGGAUGGCGUGGCGAUAUGUGCCAAAUAAGUUAUCCCGUGUUAAAAUCAAACGUAACAAUUACAAAUAUAACAUCGGAUAGCGUUGUUGUACAUUUUCAUAAAUGGAAUAAGGAUACGGACGAAGGUGAAGGAACACCUUCCCUUUACUUUAUUGAGUUUCAGAAUACAAAGAGCUCUGUCUUUAAUCGCACUUCUGUGAGUCACACAGAAAACCCUUCAUAUUCCAUAAAAAUAGAAAAUCUUCAUGCCAAUACGAAAUACAUUUUCCAAAUUUAUAUUCAAGAUGUAACAGGACAUGUGCAAUAUGGCGGUAUUCCUCGAGUUAGAGUGACGACUUUAUGUACUACUCCACCACCUCCAAUUGAUAUUAUCCUUAGGAAUGAAGGACCUAGGAGGAUUUCUGUAAGAUGGAACAAUCCUUUUCGAAAAGUAGGACAAUGCGAUGGAUCUACGGUUUUCAUCAAUUAUCUAAAUUUUAAUACCAGUGAGAAUCUUAAUACUGCAGUUCAGGAAUAUUCUAAUCCUUUUGUAUUUAAUACUAAACCUUACACGAUGUGGCAUAUUAAAAUAAGAUAUUUAGAUGUAAAUGGAAUAUACAGUAACUGGUCGAAAACGGAAAUGAUCUUAUCCGAACAAGAUGCGCCAAGCCAAGUAAGAAAUCUUCGUUACGAAAUUCAAAACUCUUCUCUAAAUCAAUAUUUUUUAUUAACGUGGGAGAAGCCCGAAGAAGAAAACGGGAUUAUCGUCAAUUAUUAUAUAGAAUAUGUUCAAAUUGGAUGGCGUCAUGAUUGUCACGCAACCUUUGAAAAGAAUCGUGCAUUUAACGUCAGUUCAACCACUUACAAUACAAGUAUUUCCGUUCGACAUUCGGCGAUUUAUCGCAUCAAAGUUUCUGCUUUCACCGUGAGAAAGGGACCCGAUUUGAGUAUCGAAGGACAAAGUCUCCAAGACGUUCCAUACAGCGUUCUAAAGGAUCUGAAAGUCAUUUCAUGGAGAAAAGCACUAAAAUUAUCGUGGUCUCCUCCAGAUUGUUCCCUUUCCAACGGAAAUAUAAACUCUUACAAAUUAAUAAUUACGAGUAAAGAUCCUUGGGAUUCAAGAAACGACACGAAAAUUGUGAGAGUGACAACGUUCUCUUUUCAAGAUCUGAUUCCUUUUACAAGUUACAGUAUAAGAAUAUUUGCAAGAAACAAUAUCGGUUUUUCUUACAAGUCUGUUAAUAUAACCUCGAAGACAUUGAAUGAAAAACCGCCAGCUCCGUAUGAUUUACGAGUAAUUCGAAAAACAAAUCGAGAACUUUCACUUAAAUGGAAAUCACCUUAUCCACCCCACGGAAUACUUGAAGGGUACGAAAUCAGUUAUAAAUGCAAUGAAAAUAAAUGCGAACACCGUCAAUUAAGAACGAUCUGGCUUUCUGUUGAUAAGGUUUCGUGUGAUCAUUCGAAUUAUCAUUGUUAUACAAUAAAUAAUCUGGAAGCAAAGAAGGAAUAUAUUAUAUAUAUUAAAGCUAAAAAUAAAGACGUUAAAGAUUUAGGGGAUUCGAGUAGAAUUAUAGAUGAAACAAAAGAAUCAGUUCCGGAUCCACCCGAAAAAGCUAAUUUGGAAAAUUCCACCGAAUAUUCAUUUAAAAUAUCUUGGGAUUCGCCCAAGAGAGAAAACGGANCUCUUUUAGGCGCACGCCCCAAGCUUUUAUUUUUGGUGAUUAACGAAGUUUUUGUUUAUUUAGAACCGCCAGCUCCGUAUGAUUUACGAGUAAUUCGAAAAACAAAUCGAGAACUUUCACUUAAAUGGAAAUCACCUUAUCCACCCCACGGAAUACUUGAAGGGUACGAAAUCAGUUAUAAAUGCAAUGAAAAUAAAUGCGAACACCGUCAAUUAAGAACGAUCUGGCUUUCUGUUGAUAAGGUUUCGUGUGAUCAUUCGAAUUAUCAUUGUUAUACAAUAAAUAAUCUGGAAGCAAAGAAGGAAUAUAUUAUAUAUAUUAAAGCUAAAAAUAAAGACGUUAAAGAUUUAGGGGAUUCGAGUAGAAUUAUAGAUGAAACAAAAGAAUCAGUUCCGGAUCCACCCGAAAAAGCUAAUUUGGAAAAUUCCACCGAAUAUUCAUUUAAAAUAUCUUGGGAUUCGCCCAAGAGAGAAAACGGAAUAUUAAAAACUUACAGAAUUAACAUAACCGCAGUAAAAUCAUUUAACGAAACCGUCUCUGGAACCAGUCAAUUCAAUAUUGUUAAUGCGACUCAAAGACAAUAUGCAUUUGAGGAUUUGUAUCCUGCCACUUUAUACAACGUCUCUAUAGAAGCAAGUACAUCGGCGGGAUAUGGAAGUCCUUUAAACGUGCAGUUUACAACAAAUCAUUCAGUACCGAUUAUAGAAGUGGAGCCAGCGGUAUUAGAAGUAACAGAUUCUACCAUUGGUUUAUUAAUAAAACCAAUUAAAUUCGACAAGGGACCUAUUAGUGAAUAUCACGUGAUUGUAGAACGAAAAGGCAGACUAAAGAAAAGAGAAAUUAAAAUAGAAGAAAAAGAAUUAAUUAACUAUAAUACUUCUGUGAAUACGAGUGUAAAUUACUAUUCGACUGCAAGAUUCUAUCCUCGUCAAUUCGAUUCUGAAGGCAUAAACUUUACCGUUGGAGAUGGGAAAACGUAUAACGAUUUUUACAAUGCACCGUUAAUUACAGGAGAAAAUUAUCAAUUAGGAAUGGCUGUUUUAAGUAAUUAUAAUGGGAAAAUACUUAUUGGAUAUAAAUAUUUAUCCGAUGUUAUAAAAGUGAGUAAAAGAACAGAUAAAAGUUCUUUAAUAGGUGUAUUAUUCGGAAUUCUUGCGUGUUUAAUAAUAAUUAUUGCCUUAAUAGGAUACAGAAAGCGUAAUUUAUUAGGAAAAAUCAAAAAAGAAAAUGGUUUUAAUGUGAAAUUUUUAAAUAAAAAAAAUGAUGACGAUUUAAUUGUAUCAUCCACAAAUCCAAUCUUGGAAGAAUGCUCAGAAAAUAAAAUAAAAGAAAAACAAAUAGAUGGAUCUACCGAAAUUUCAAUUGAAAAUUUGGAAAAUUACAUUAUAGAUUCCACAGAAACAGGAAAAUUGAAAAGGCAGUUCAUGGCUGUUAAAAAAGGACAAUGCAAAUCGUGGGACAUGUCUAAACUACCAGUAAAUAAACCAAAGAAUCGAUAUGGAAAUCUUCUUGCAUAUGACGAGACUCGUGUAGUUUUACAAAUAUGCCUAAAUGAUCCAUAUUCGGACUACAUUAAUGCAAAUUAUGUUGAUGGAUAUGAAAGACAAAAAAGAUAUAUAGCAACUCAAGGACCGAAGCAGACGACAAUUCAUGAUUUUUGGAGAAUGGUCUGUCAAGAGAAUGUUUGUAAAAUAGUCAUGGUCACUAAUCUGGUGGAAAACGGAAAGACAAAAUGUGAAAAAUAUUGGCCCGAAACUGAAGAAAAUUACGGAAACAUUAACGUAUCGUUAAAAGAUAAGGAAAUUUGUUUAGAUUAUGUCGUUAGAACGUUUCUUAUUACCCAAGGAGAAAGAACGUGGAUGUUGAAACAUUUUCAUUACGUAACGUGGCCCGAUCACGAUGUACCCAGAUUUACAAAUUCGGUCGUUUCAUUUUUACAAAAUGUCAGAAAUUUUAAGCCAAAGAGCAAUUCUCCUAUUGUUGUGCAUUGUAGUGCAGGAGUUGGAAGAACUGGAACUUUAAUUCUGUUAGACAGCAUGUUAGAUAUGGCAAAUUCAGAAAAUAAAGUAGAUCUUGUUUCUCAUCUCACCGGUAUGCGGCAACAGCGAAUAAACAUCGUGGAAACUUACGAGCAAUAUCGUUUCGUGUAUCGAGCAUUAGCCGAUUGUCUAUGCGAAUUUAAAACAUCGAUUCUAUGCUCUGAUUAUAACAAAGAAAUCGACAGAUUAAAGAAAGUUAAUGCCUCGACAGGAAAAACAGGUUUUCACAUACAAUACGAAAGAUUAGAGAAACUUCGUCCAAAAAUAAAACCAGCCGACUGUCGUUCAGGAUACGAAUCUGACAAUCAAUUAAAAAACAGGAAUGUAAAUGUUGUACCACCUGAAAGAGCUCGCGUGAUUCUCCGAGGUUGUGAUUCCGAAUCAAAUUAUAUCAACGCUGUGUACAUUGAUGGUUAUAAACAAAAAGAUUCUUUUAUUGUAACUCAAGUUCCAUUACCAAAUACAGUUUCGGAUUUUUGGAGAAUGAUGCUAUUUUCUGAAUCCAACACUCUUAUUCUUCUAAACGAAUUAGAUGAGGUAUGUCCAUCUUACUGGCCAAAUCUUAACGACACUAUCAACUAUGAAAACACAGAAGUUUCAAAUAUUUCGGCAGAAAUGUACGAUUGUAUUAUAAUAAGAACAUUUCGGUUGAAAGAUUUAACUCGAAAGGGAGCUGCUACUAAAACUAUUAAACAAUUUCACUUAAAUAACUGGCCUUCUAAUAGCUAUAUUCCGUAUAGCGAUGAAAAUAUUUUACAUCUUAUUGAUAGAGUAGAGAAAUGGCAACAACAAACUGGCAAACUAACAUCAGUAGUGCAAUGCCUAGACGGUGUUCGUGCUUGUGGGAUUUAUUGCACUUCCGUAUUUGUUCUGGAUAAAAUAAAGGCAGAACAAGAAGUCGACGUAUUCCUAGCUGUAAGAUGUAUUCGUGGAAAUAGGCCACAACUUAUAGAAAAUCUCGAACAAUUUGUGUUGUGUUACAGAGUUGCAACUACUUAUCUGGAUUCAUUCCAAAUAUAUGCCAAUUUCCAAUAAUGAACGAUGUUUUAGUAAUAUAUUUUGAUAUUAGAUAUGCUUAAAAAUGUUAUUUUAAAGUAAAAUUAUUUUUAUAAAUGUGGAGGGUUCAGUUCUAAAGUGAACCAAGUCCACAUAAAAUGACUUCAAGAAUGAAAUCAUAAUACACUAAUGGAUACUAUGCAUAUAAAAUGUAUAGUUAAUGCAAUAAUAUAUUGCAUUAAAAUCUUUCCAAACAUAAUAUAAUUUUUAUGCAUUUUAAGUUUUUUGUAAUGUUGGUAAUAAAAUAAAUUUUAAUUUGUACUUGGUUCAUUUUAGAACUGAACUCUCCAGAUGUUAUUCUGUUCAGAAUUUGCACACUAUAGAAUAUAAUGUAUCAAUACAUAUUAAAUCCAAGAAACAAACUUAACUUUGAAAUUAUUGCAUUUAUGUUA